AUGUUUUUAAACAAAGACAUUUUUAGUAAAAUAAAAUUCAUAAACACUUACUAUAAAAAAUUAUCAAAAAUUUUGUAUAAAAUAAACAACUUUUUUCUUAGCUAUGACUAUUUAAAAAAGGGAGUACUAUUUGUUUGUAGUUUAAUUUACUAUCCAGAAAUUAUUCAUAAUUAUUAUUUAUUAUCGAAUAUUAUCUUAAUUAGUGGUAAAGAAAGGAUUGAGUUAUUAACACAAGAAGAAAUGUUUUUCGAAAAUUUAAAUAACGAUCUAACUAUAUAUGGAAAAAAUAAUAAUAUUAAUCAGGACAUAGAAUCCGGGUGUGAUGAAAAUGAAAGGGAAAUAACAAAUGUAGAGGAUUUAAAAACUUAUGAGGAUCAAGAUUUUUAUAAUAUUAAUUAUAAUAAAACUCCUAUAAAUACAUAUUUAACCAAAAAAAAUGUAUAUGAGUAUAAAAAUUUAUUAACUAGGUUUUUCGAAUAUUUAAAAUUUUUAUUAAAAAAUCCUGAUCAUAUGAGCAUUUUUGCCAUAAAAUAUAAGCGAGAAAUUCUACAUAUUUAUUCUUUAUUUAUAUUUAAAAAAAGACAAACAAAUCAUUACAUAGGCAGCACUAAAAAACUGAGCAAGACUAGAAAAAAUGAUUAUAUUUCUGAAAAAUCUGUUGAUAAUUUUAAUAUAAUCGAUAAAGAUAAAAAUAAUAAUGAACACCUCGGAAAAAAGGCAACUGCACAUUCUGAAAAAACAAAGGGAAAUCAAGAAGAUAAACAAAUAGGAAACACAGAAAAAUUAAACGCCACAUGUACUGAUAAUAAUUAUAAUGUGAAAGGAAAUAAUUUUGAUGAAAAUAUAUUAAAAUGCUUUAACAAUUGUGAAGACAAAAAGAAGGAAAAACGAACAUUUUUUAAUUUUUUUUGGGAAAAUUUAUUCCUUAUGAAUAACAACGACACUGAUUUAUUUAACACUCUAAUUGAGGAGGAUAAUAUAGAACAUGUUGUAAGCACAUAUGCAGUUAAAGAUAUAAACAAACUUAAAAUCAAGAAUGUUGAGAAGGGUUGUGUAUAUUUUAAUAAUAACUUUGGAAAAAAUGGGAUCCAAAGGAUAAUUAGGAAUAAUAAAAGCUGUAAUGCUAAACCAAGAGAAUAUGAGGAAAAAGACAAAAAUGUUGAAAAUAAUAGCCAUUACUUUACUGACUUCAUAGCAUCCGACAGAUCAUUUAAAUUAAACGAUAUAUCAGUUUUAAAUUAUUUGUAUAUAAAUUAUGAAUUUGAUAAAAAUAUAACAUAUUUAAGUAAUUAUAUAAAUAAUAGAUUGUUUACUUAUAAAUGUAAAAAAAUGAAUUCCUAUUUUAUCAAAAUAUUAUUAUAUUAUGUAAAUUUGAUAUUUUUAAAAAUAAAAAAUAUAUUUUGUGAUGAUUGUAUAUAUACAAUAAAAAAACAACAGUCCCUUAAUUCAUCGGCUAAUGACUGCUCUUAUAAUGUUUUUUUCUUCUUGUUCUUAAAUAUUAUUAAUAGAUUUAAUCUACCAAAAGAAAAAUUAAAUUCAAUAUUUAAAAAUUACUUUCCAGGAAAUACACACUGCGGGAUGUAUGCUAAUAUAUUACAAAAAAUAGAAAAUGAACAUUCAGAGCAUAUUGCUUCAAAAUAUGGUGACACUACUAAAGACGAAGAUGUAUAUUUAGAUAGAAACAUCUUAAAUAAUAAAAUAAAUAUCGAAAAAAAUGAUAAAAAAAAGUAUACAAAAUCAAAUGAAAACGAUAAAUACCACAAUAAUUAUAACAAAGACAUGUUUCUUAAAUUAGUAGAUAUAUUUUUAUAUCCAGAAAAACAAUGCAGCUACUUAGAGAUACUAACAGUUUGCUAUCAAUUCUUAAUUAAUAUGAAGGACCCAAAUAAUAAAGCUCAUAGAAAAAGAUAUAAAGGCAAAAUGUACCAUCUGUUGAAAAUUAUUAUUGAGAGAAAAGCAAAAAUAAAAAAAACUUUUCUUUGCAAGAGUAUGGAAAAGGAAAAUAAUAAUUUCGAAAAUAGUGGCUUUGAUCAGAGAAGCAUAAAUGAAAUAGACAAUGGAAAUGAAAACUCAAUUUUUCACCUACAAACAGCUUUAAUAUAUUUGUCUCUAGCAUUAUAUAACACAUAUAAAAAGUCCUUUACCCAUGAAAUGCGGAAAGUUGCUCAGUUUUUUUUAGAUUUUGUUUUUUUCUUUAUAGAGAACAUAAAAAAUAGUUUAAUCAUACUGCAAAUAAUUGAAUCAUAUUCCAAGGACUAUACUUAUGCCGAUAAUAGUAAAAAUAAUAAUGAAGAUGAUGUGAAAAAAACAAAACAAAACAAUGCUAAUGCUUUUGAUAAUGAUUAUUGUAAUAGUGAUACAAAAAUGAUUAUAUUUAUGGUAAAAUUAUAUUUUAGGAAAUUAUUAUCUUUACUUUAUUUAUAUACAGACGAAUUAAUAUCAUAUACUAUUAAACAUAAUAUUGAUCAUGAAAUAUCUGCAAAAGAAUAUUUUAGAAAAACACAUCCAUUUUAUCUAUCUAUUGAUUAUAUAUGUAAUUAUAAUGAUUCUAUAAAUUCAAAAGAAUUAAGCGAGUGUUGUAUUUAUUGGGACUAUGCAAUUAUAACAAUGAGUCAUGAUAAGUGUGAUUUAUAUAUUGCAAGAUAUCUUAAAAUUUUUUUAUUACUACUAUCCCAUAUUGUUAAAAAAUCUGGAGAAUUUGGAAAUACUAAUGAGGAAAAUAUUUUAUUGGAUCAUAAAUAUACAAAUAUUAAUAAUUUUCCAACUACUAUAAAUGAUGAAUAUAAUGCGAAUAUUCUAAAUACUAAAGACAGUAUAUACUAUUUUAACAAUGCAAUUAAUAAUUUGUUCAAUACAUAUAAUAAUAUCGAAUCUUUUGAAAAUAAUAUUUGGAAUGAUAAAAAUAUUACAUAUGAAGAUAGAGAUACAAUCGUUUCAUUAGUUGGUACAGUUCAAUGGUAUUUAAGACAAAGUAAACGGGAAAGAGAACUUCGAGAAAAAAAGAAAAUAAUACAAGCAUACACAAAUCCUGAUAAAAUGCCUUCAAUUUUAUCUGCCAAAGUAAAUGUAGAAAAGGAGAAUUUCCACAAAAAUUGUGACGAUGAUGACGAAAAAAAAAGAAUAAAAGCAAAGCAAAACAAAAUAAAAAAUAACAAUAUUAGUAAUGAUACAUACAUGGAAAAAAACAAAUACAAGAAUAACAGAAAUAUAUUUUUUAACUUUGAUGAGUUUUAUUCGAUACCAAAUGAAUAUAAUACAGAUUCUUGUUCAAAUGAUGAAUACAAAAGAAAUUUUCAUAACAAAACUAACAUCGAUCAAAAUAAUUGUGAUAUGAAAAAUAAGGCUAUACAAAUGAACCAAAAAAUAACAAAUAAAUUGUUUCAAUUUUAUUAUACCUUUAACGAGGCUAAUAAAUGCAUUAAUAUAAAAAAAAAUGAAUAUGUGCAUGUCGAUAAAAUUCAUUUAAAUAUAGAAAAAUACACAUUUGACGAAAAAUGGAAUUAUAUAAAAAAAUUAGAAAAACUUUUAAAACAAUAUCAGCAUAUGAUAAAAAUUUUAUGUGAAAUUUUAUAUGUAACUAAAAACAUUAAUAAAGAAAUAAUUAAUUUAAAAAUGUUUAUAGAUUUAUGGUGGAAUAAUAGAUAUACAUUAGAACAACAUUUAAAAUUGCUAAAUUUAGAUAUAUCAAAUACCUUAGGAUUUUCUAUACAUAAAUUAAUGUCUACUCCGUUAAUUUCUAUCAACAUAAAAAGAAAUAUUACCUUGCAAUCCAGUUGUAAUUUUAAUAGUGAUAUUAAUACUAGCCAGUUAAAUGAAACUAACGAAGGGUCUAACUUUAAAUUACAUAAUGAUGAAUCAUAUAAUAAUAUAUCGCUAAUUAAUAAUCAAAAAUAUUAUUUGAAGACAAAUUUUGACAUAUUUGUAGUUCUUUAUUAUUAUGCUCAUAUUUUGAAUAUUAUUUCUUGGAUUAAUAAAUGGAAUUCCUUUUUUCUUCCUUUUAAAUAUUGGGACAAUGUAAAUAUAAUAAAUGUUAUAAUAAACCUAACAAUUUUCUCGAUCAUUAUGAAAAGCUCAAAUGUCCAUAUUUCAAAGGUAAAGCAAAAAUAUAUAUCAGGAAAUUCUCGAAUUAAGGAGUCGACAAAUUUAAGUAAUAUUAAAGGGGAAGAUUCAAAUGGAAAUGAGAAAUUUAGUAAAGAAAAAAGACAAGAAAAAAACAUGCGAGAUGCUAUGAUGAAUAGUAAGAUAAAAAAUGACGAAGAGAAUAGUGACGAUAAUAAUAAUAUUACAAUUGAUGUAGAUACAACAAAAAUCGGAAAGAAAGUUAUAACAUCAUAUUUGCCACUUACAAAUAAAGACAUUGAAAGUGUCUUAUCAAAUGAUCCAAGAAAACAACGAAGAAAAACUUCUAAUGACACUACAAAUUAUGAAUAUCAUAAUAAAAAAAAAGGAGGGGAACAUAUACUUAUGCAGAAUUUAAAAGAUUAUCUUCCUCAGGGUGAAUAUGAUCCAAUUAAAAGCGAUUUUAUUCAAAAUAUGAUAGAACAAUCAGAUAUAUUUAAGAAAUAUAAUGACUUUAAGCAAUUUAGCAAUACAUCAGAAGAUGAAAGAAGCGAUAAAACGCACAAAGAUUUAAGUCAUUUUAAUAAAGAUGCUAAAAGGGGGCGAAGGAAAACACCGAAUGUAAAUAAUACUAAUGAUGAUGAAGUAAAAAAGCAAUUCCUAAAUAUGUAUUCUAUUAUAGAUAAAGAACAAAAAAAAUUACAAAAAAUGUCAUCAAAAAUUUAUGAACAGUUAAAAAAACAUGGAAAUAGUAAUUUUGGAAUGGUAACGAAUAAAAAGGACAAUGAUAAAUUGCUAAAAACAUUAAAAAGGAUGACAAUAUGUGCAAAUGCUAAUUUGAAUCUUAUUGAUAGUGAUAAAGAAGAUGAUUUAGGAGGUGUAAAAGACAAUACUUUUUAUUUGAAUUAUUUAGAUCUUCAAAAAAAAUGUGAAAAGGGUUUAAUACAUUGCUCAUUUUUAAAAUUGAGAAUGUAUUUAUAUAAUAUAUUAAAUGUUGUAUUUGAAACUAAUAAUGCAGAUCCCAAUGAUAUUUUUAGUAUAUUUAAUAAAAUUACUCAUUCGUUUAUUGUUGAUGUUAUAAAAUGUGAAAUGCACAAGGAUAAAAAUGAUAGUGAAAAUUUUAUAUAUUCAAAAAAUCUCGACCAAAAAAUGAUAAGAAAGAACCCAAUUAUCAUAUAUUUACAUAAUAACUUAAAUAGAAUUCCUUUCGAAAAUCUGCAACCUUUAAAAGAUUCUUAUAUUGUUCGUGGGUUACAAAAAAAUGUAACUUCUUAUUUAUAUGAUCGACUGCUAAGGCAAAUUAAUGAGAGAGAAUUUGAAAAAGGGGAACAAAAUAAUUAUAGUAUUUCUCAUUUGAAUAUAAGUACUGAGAGAUAUACAAAUUGUGACAACGAUAAAAAUGGAGAAAGUGAUGAAAAGGCUGAAAGUAGCACCAGCUCCAACAAAAACAAAUAUGAUAAUAAUCAAUUUGGUAAGGGUUACACACCAAUAAAAUGCCCCAAAAAACGUGAAACUGUUAAUACGUGCAAAAAUGAACAAGCGAGGAAAUCGAUUCACAAAGCCUCAAAAUAUUUAUCAUAUCUAAAUGGAACAUCAAAAGAAACAAAUAAUAUUGACUAUAAAUAUGAUAAAUUAAAAGACAAUCUAAAAAAUGAAGAAAAUAUUUUCAAUGAACAAUUUAUGAAAAAGACACGUCAUUUUGUGUUUAAUUAUGACACCCCAAGUAAGCAAUAUGCCAAUAAAGAUUAUAUUAAUAGUGAACAUGAGCAAAUAAAAAGGGAUGAUAAGCAUAUAAAAAUAACAAAAUCUGUUCAGGAUAGCAAAAAUAAAUACAAUUUUAUUGUUACAAAUUAUGAAAAAGAAGAAGGUCAACAAAAUGGAAAUAAAAAUAUUAGUUACCUUAAUAGUAAAAACACCAUAACGAAAAAUGAAAAAGGAAAAAGAUCUAGAAAAAGUAUUUCUAUUGAAUACUCAUUUUUAAACCCUUUUAAUGAUAAAAAUAAUCCCAAUGCAUUACAAAUGGUAAAAAAAAAAAAUGAAAUGUCAACCCCAGCACGCAAUGAAUUAUCUAACAAUUCGCCUAUACUUAAUGGUAGACAAAAAUUAAGUCGAAAUUCUCUUAGAUAUAUCGAUGAUACCAAUAAUAUUACAAAAAAAGGAGAUAGUUAUAAAACAAAAAAUCGAUCACAAUCUAUUUUACGUUCUGAAUCUUCUUCCUCUUCUAACUCCUCAAUAGAAUUAAUUCAAAAUGAAAAUGAGCUUCAAAAAAUAUUUAUGAAUGUAAGAAAAUCAAUGAAUUUCCACAAUGUUAUGAGUUCAUUUAAACAAAAAAAUGAUGAAUACAAUUUUUUAACCCCACAAAAAAAACGAAAAAGUGUGAGUGAGUCAGAAGCAUACUAUGAUAAGGAUAAUUUUUUUGGAAAGCUUUUAAAUAAAUCAACGAAUAAAACAAAAAGAAAUAAAAGAAGAAGCUAUUCAUCAGAAAGAGAAAUAGUUCCCAAAGUGGAAAAAACACCAUAUAUUAAAUAUGUUCCACAUUAUAUUAAAAGCGAUCGAUUUAUCGAUCCUAAAAGAAGUAAUAUAUUUUAUGUAAUUGACCCUAAUGGCGAUUUAAAACGAGCUCAAAAUGCUACAUAUCCGUUUAUAUAUUUUAGAAACCAAAAAAAAUAUAAACAUAAAAAUUGGAAUGGUUAUUCUGGAACUUUUCCUUCUGAAAAAAUUAUAUUAAACAAUUUAUGCACAAAUGAUUUGUAUAUAUAUUGUGGCCAUCAAGGUGGGGAACAAUAUAUUAGUAAAAAUGACAUACAGAGUUCUAUUCAAAUUAAUGACAAAGAACAUAUUGAAGAGGAAAGCAAAGGACCAAGGAAAUCCCAAAAGAGCGAAAUACCCCAAAUUCCCAAAGACAGUGAAAAUAACGAAAAUACCUUGACACGUUAUGAAAAGGAAAAAAUGUAUAUAGAACAGAAAAUGAAUAAUUUGAUGACAGACAGUACUGACAAGAAAAGACGAAGAAAUUCUUGCAAAGUGAGCUUAAAAUCGUCUACUACGAAAACAGGAACAAUGAAAAGGAAAACCGUAGCUAAUUUUAACGAAAUUUAUGAUAUUACUGAUUCGAAAAAAUUAAGCACACAAAAUAUGCAAGACUCUGGUUUAAAUAAAAAUGGAGAAAUAAAUAUAGAAGAUGAAAGUGACGAUAAAAAUAUUAUUCAAAGGACACAGAAUGGAAUAAAAUGUUGUGUAUUUUUAAUCGGAUGUAGUUCUGGUUUAGUUUCGUCACAUGGGUGCGAUUUGGAUGCUUGGGGUACCCCUUAUGAUUAUGUAAUAGGAGGUUGUAUUUUUAUCUUUGGAAAUUUGUGGAAUAUAACAGAUGGAGAAGUUGAUGGAUUUACUCAAAACUUUUUCUGGAAAUGGACUCAACCAAAUAGUUCAUCCUUAUUUUAUUCAAACUAUGAUUAUAAUAAACUUAAAAUGAUAAAUAUACGUGAAAUAUCUUUUAAUACUUUUAUAAGAAUGGUAAAGAAAUUAAUAAAACCAAAUGAUGAACAAAUAAUUGACCAAGAAUAUAAUGAUAAUUCAUCCAUAAUGAUUGAUGACAAUUUUAUUACUAUGGAUUUGGACAUAUAUAAUUAUAUUAAAGAAAAUGAUUUUUUUUAUAAAUAUUUUCAAAAAUUUUAUUCACAUCCUAUUAUAUUAAACCAAAACUUAUUAAGCAUAAAUCAAAACAAAAAAUAUACUUGGUUAAGUAUCACAGAAGCUUUAGUUGAAGCUAAGCAAUAUUGUCGUCUACCGAACACAACUGGUUCUGCUGUGGCCAUAUAUGGGAUACCACUUUGA